CGCGCGCGGCACGUGUCAGCGUGGGCAUCAUGGCGGAGCGGCGGCCCGUGCCCAGCGACCUGUUCCCCCUCGUGCUCGCGUUCCUGCGCGAGAGCGGCUGCCAGGGCGCCGCGCGCGCCUUCGCCAGGGAGGCGGCGGCGAAGGAGCAGGACCCCAACGCGGCCUCCCUCCUGGACAUCUUCGCCUACUGGCUGCAGUCUCCAGCGGCCAGGAAGAGAAAGCUGGUCCCGAACGGCGCCCAGGCGAAGAGGAAGCCGUCCGCCAGCAGCAGCAGCAGCAGCUCCAGCGAGGAGGAUGAGAAACCCCCGGCCAAGAAGCCGGCUAAAGCAUCAGCUGUGCCCAAAGUAAAAGCAGUUCCUGCAGCCAAGAUGGCAGAGAGCAGCAGUGAGGACUCCAGUGAUGAUUCAGACUCGGAGGAGGAGAAGAAGCCAGCAAAGAAAGGUGCAAAACCUGUGGUGAAGCCAGCUGGAACCAAAAUCCAGCCUCAGAAGAAAGCAGAGAGUUCCAGUUCUGACUCAAGCAGCUCAGAUGAAGGAGCACCAAAGAAGCAACCACCAAAACCAGCAACACCUAAAUCAGGAGGUAAAGCUGCCCAGGCAGCCACCAAAGUUGUCAAUGGAAAAGCAGCAAGCAGUAGCAGCAGCAGUGAAGAUUCUGAUGAGGAAAAGGCUGCACCAAAAAAGGUUGUUCCCAAGAAAUCACCUCUGCCAAAACCUGCAGCCACUCAGGCAUGUCCAGGGAAAACCAAACGUGCCAAGAAGAGUUCCAGUAGUGAGGACUCCUCUGACAGCUCAGACGAUGAAGAGCCACCUGCAAAACAAAAGCCAAAGUCUGGUCCAUACAGUGCUGUACCACCUCCUCAAGGAGCACAGACAAAGAAGGGCCUUGCUAAGGCUCCUGCAAAAAAGGCUGAGAGCAGUGACUCUUCAGACAGCAGUGAUGAGGCAGAGCAGGUGCCCUCAAAGGCAGAAGCAGGCAAAACAGCAGUAGCUAAAACAAUCCCUGCCCCCCAGAAGAAAGCUGUGACUAACAAGAAGGCUGAAUCCAGUUCUGACAGUGACUCAGAUUCCAGCUCUGAAGAUGAUAAAAAGAAGGUAGGGAAUAAGCUCCCUGCUAAACAACCUGUGAUAAAGAAUACUUCUAAACCAGCAAAAGUAGUUGUCAAGCCUGGACAAGCAAAGAAAGACUCCAGUUCUUCCUCAGACAGCUCAGAUUCUGAUAGUUCUGACAAGAAGGCAGCUCCUGUGAAGCCCACAACUAAAGCAGCAACCCCUGCAGCAAAGAAGUCACCAGCUGUCACAAAGAAAGCACAAAGUAGCUCCGAUUCAGAUAGCAGCUCCAGCAGUUCUGAGGAUGAGAAGAAGAAAGGCCCUCCAGCUAAACCAGCUGGCAAAGUGGCUAAGCCACUGUCCAAACCUUCUACUCCAGCUCGCAAAGCAGACACAUCAGACUCUGAUAGCUCAAGCAGUGAAGAAGAAAAGCCAUCAGGGAAACCAGCUACCGGGGCAGCAAAGGCAGCUGUGGGGAAGAAGGCAGCUGUGGGGAAGAAAGCAGCUGCUUCUAGUAGUAGCAGCAGCUCAUCAGACAGUUCCAGUGAAGAGGAUGGGAAGCCCAAAAAGGCAGUGAAGGGGAUGCAGAAUGGUUCUAAAGCCACUGCCUCCACAGAGAAAGCAAAAGCAUCUGCAGUGGCUGCAAACAACACGAAGCCUAAGCCAGCUGGUGGCAGCAGUAGUAGCAGUGAAAGCAGCUCUGAAGAAGAGACUGGAAAAGUCAAUGGAGGCACAAUUGGGAAGAAAAAGAAGAGGGAAGAUGAUCAGGAGCCAGAAACACCACACAGUAAAAAAGCAAAGAUCAAAGCCAAAACACCACACACAGUUCCCAAGGUGAAACGGCCCUCCUCUCCAUUCCGCCGGGUAAGGGAAGAAGAAAUUGAGGUGGAUGCUCGUGUGGCUGAUAACUCAUUUGAAGCAAAGAAAGGAGCAGCUGGUGACUGGGGUGAGAAAGCUAACAACAUCCUGAAAUACACUAAAGGCAAAUCUUUCCGUCAUGAGAAGACAAAGAAAAAACGAGGCAGCUACCGUGGGGGCACUAUAUCGACCCAAGUCAAUUCCGUCAAGUUUGAAAGUGACUGAGAAUAUUGGAGUUCAUAAACCAUCUGCUCACCAGAACAUCUUGGAUGGGCAUAUGGACAUUAUGGAUGUCAAGCCUGCCUGGAAUGCUACCUCCCCUAGCCCCUUGUGGGGCAGGCAGCUCCAGUGUAGGGAUGUGGGAGAAUAGUUGGAUGUUUCCCCAUUUUAUUUCUAAUUUUGUUGUAGUCUCCUAAUUUGAAACCCAUCCUUAAACUGGUGUUAUUUGCACCGCUAGGGUAACCGCCAAGACUUAUAUUUUCUACAGUCUUAUUUUAAAAGGCUGGCAGUGAUGUUUACUUUUGGUUUCCUGCCCAUCUAGUAGAAGAAAGAGAAAUCAUUGUCCUGUGUUUUAACCUCCCAUUUAUUUUUCAGCCAGUUUAACUCUCAUACCUUUGAAAAGGCAAGCAUUCUCACUUGCCUCUGACUAGUUACUGUAAGAACAACUGAUCUGGCUGUAAUACCCAGCCCCACCUGACAUUUCAAGUUUACCCUUGUAGUGUGACAGGGUUCCUUUUCUGUUUUGAUUUGUGGUUUCACCUUGCAGUAAGUACCUACUUUCCUCUUCCUUGCACUCCUGUGGAGGCCACUAACCAGAGUACUUGGAGAAGCAGUCUCCAAAUACGGUUUUGUAGUUGAAUAACAGUAUCGAUUGCACUUGCAGGGUGGGGGCUAUUGUCAGAAAGACCAAGGUUUAGAGUACUGCUGUGGCACUCUUGAUAGCACUUCCAUUAGUAGCUGGGGAGUGAAGUUGUUCAGAAGCUGCAUGGGGGCUGUGAAGUUUCACUUGGUGGGCAGGGAAAAAGAGACUAAGGAGAUAGAGGCCUCUUAGCAAAAGGCAGAGGUGGAUAAACUGUUUUUGUUUCAGAGGUUGUGGCUGCAGUGUGAGCUGCAGCUUAUUAGGAGUCAAGAUGAAUGUAUCAUUAAUGCCUUAAAUUUCUUUUCUGAGUUGGAUCGCUUGGUCUUUGAGCUGUUUUCUAUCUGUUAAAUCCCUCUUGAGAAGUAAAAUACCCGUUUCCCCCUAGCACUAAGGCAAACCCUGGUGCUGUAACGUUUGAAGUACUAGCUACUAGUGCAUAUUCUGUAUGGGGAGCCACAAAGAAGUUGAGAAACCUGCAGCCUAAACUGAGUUUUCAUGAGCAACUGACAGUAUAAUGGUGUACUGGGGUGGGCUUGCAUUCACUCAGUUGUGUGACUGCUUCCUUACUUAGGUGCAGCCUGCAUCUGGUAGAAGAUAUUCCCCCAAAUACUCUGCCCUCUGUUAGGUGGGUAAAGUUAGUUUGAGGAGCAGGGAGUUAAGUCCACAGCGAGUAUGAGUUGAAUAAUGGUAGGGCAUGUUUAGGAGAUGGAGUAGUGGGCUGUGAGAUAUGCUUACCCCAAGUGAUGAAACUGCCAGCCACUGAGGUGGUGCAGGGCCUGAUUUCCAUGUUUCCAUUCCCUCCCCAAAGGGUGCUGAUGAGAAGAGCCUUGUUAGAGGAAGCUAUGUUUGUGUACAAAGUAGUGUCACCUAAUUGAGGGUUGGAUGAGACUUGAUGAGCCACCCCCAUGUACAUGCAUGGCAACUUUUCCCAGUGAGCAUUUUUCAGGACUUCCCCCCAACUUGCACAAUCACCGGGGCCUGGAUUCAAGGCUACAGUGCAGAAGGGCUCAGGAGACCAUGGCUAUGACAAGAAAGUAAAGGUUAGAGACCAAAGGAAGGUGGGAAGAGUAUUUUCUGCAUGGGAAUUUGAACAUCAUCCUUCUUGUCAUUUGCCCUCUUUUUUUUCUGUUUAUCAGGAAUGUACAUUUGAAACUCUUUAAAAUUCUUUUAUGCUUUGAAGUUUUUUAAAACGUCUGUAAAAUGUGAGAGUUAACUGUGUCCGAAAAUAAAGAUUUGCUGCCUUUGUA